CAAAGUUACACAUGGGGGUGUAGUAAUUCUAUUUAUAAUUAUGAUCUCUGCAAGUUCUCCCGAGCUCGAGACCCAGCUGAGGUUCGUCAGUUCAAGCUGGACAAUAAGCCUACGGAGCUAGAGGAGCAGCUCAAAUGUGUAAUCGACAAGGUCGCAGAUUCUGUCGCUGUAAAGCACAAGGUCCUAGCCCCAGAUUGCUAUAACAACAUGGCACUAUUUGGUAACUAUGGUUGCCGAAUAGGCACAGGGAACGACCGGCCCUAUAGCGGAGUUACCACAGUCGUCGAUUUCUGCGCCCACGCGCACAAAGACAAAUCUAAUAUGAUCGGCGGCUGUACUGCAAUUAUAACGCUUACUAAGCCGGAAUUGAGACAGGAUUUGAGAGGACCCAAUCCUGUUGGCGGAGGGAGUGGCGAUGCUAGGGUUAGGGAUGACGAUGAUGAACAACUUCACUGUCUUCCCCUCUAUCUACCCUGUGCUACAGAAGCAGAGCUGGAGGCUUCUGUAGCAGACGGAGGAAUACAAAUAUUAAAUAAAUUUAAGAAAAAGGUGGUUGUUGGAUCCAAGACUAAAAGCUGCAAAGCUCAAAUGAGAGCACCAAAAAGUAAAGAAGUGGGAGAAGGUUCCCCACGGAAGAGAAUAAAGAGGGAGGAAUGGAUUACAACUAGUCAAGCUGAACAGUCUCCUUCCCAACCCCAGUCCCCAACACAGCAGGAGAAUGUCCAGGUUCCGAUUUUUAAAACCGUGCUUAUGAAUCAAACUUUAAGUAAUUCAGGUACAGAGUGAUUUUUAUUUGUUGAA